AGGUCAUACAUGUUCUAAGGACUUUACGAUAGAAACAGAAAUGGUUAGCAUUCUUGUUUGUCUCUGUUUCAUUUCUGGGCCAUAUAUUCUAUCAGUAUCGUCAUCAAGAAUAAGACUGGUAAAUGGACAUGGGUUACCUAACCAGGGACGAUUAGAAAUUUAUGAUAACCUACUGGGCGUUUGGGGAACAGUUUGUGAUGAUUUAUUUGACAGAAACGCUGCUGGAGUCGUGUGCCAGCAGUUAGGAUAUAGCAGAUUUAAUGCGCAGGUGAAGUCCCAAGCCUAUUUUGGCAGAGGAUCAGGUCGAAUAGCUUAUGAUGACGUCAAAUGUGGUGGGUCAGAGACGGAUUUAAGUCAGUGUCAGCACUCCAGAAUCAGUGAUUGUACACAUGCAGAGGAUGUAGGAAUUAUAUGUCAAAGCACUUCAACUGGGGCAAACUGUGACUUCGAACAACAGUCACACCCUUGUCAGUGGUCAAAUGUUCACAACGAAAAUUUUGACUGGACCAUUAAUAAAGGUUCAACAGUUUCCACUGGUACAGGACCUAGCUUUGACCACACAAGAGGAACUUCAACAGGACAUUAUGCGUAUAUAGAGGCUAGUUCGCCAAGACAGCCAGGAGAUAUAGCACGUCUCGUGAGCCCUAGUCUUUCAUCGUCAAACUCAAGAUGUUUACAUUUCUGGUAUCAUAUGUACGGAAGAUCAAUGGGAACAUUAAAUGUGGUAGUGACGACUUCCAUUGGGAACUCGACGGUUUGGAGUAUAAGCGGAAAUCAAGGAAAUGCCUGGCAUCGUGCCCAAGUCACUGUUACCAGUACACGAACAUACCACGUGGUGAUGGAAGGAAUUCGCGGGAGCAGUUACUACAGUGACAUUGCCAUAGAUGACAUUUUAUUCACACAAUCCUCGUGUUCAAUUUAUCCAUCUAAUGCGACAUCUCAUUUGCCGUCCUCGCCUACGGACUUUCCGGUCCGACUCGUAGAUGGUCAUGGAAGUGCAAGUCAGGGGAGAGUGGAGGUCUUUUACAACGGUGCAUGGGGUACCGUAUGUGAUGAUCAUUUUGACCAAAAUGCUGCCUCUGUCGUAUGCUCAAAAAUGGGAUAUGAAAGUUCGACAGCACAAGUUAGACCACACAAUAUUUUCGGGUCUGGGAAAGGUCUUGUUGUUCUGGAUGACGUAAACUGCACUGGUCACGAGACAGGAUUAGAUAAAUGCGGGCACAGUCCGCUAGGUGUCUCUGAUUGUACUCAUGCUGAGGAUGUUGGGGUUGUAUGCAGUAGUGAUUGCAUGCAUGUCAAAGCAGAUAUCGUCUUCAUGUUGGACUCUUCAAGUUCAGAGGGAUCUACAAAUUUUCAACUUCAGAAAAACUUUGUGUCGUCCUUUGUAAAUUCGCUAACCAUAGGACCCUCUAAUGUCCAAGUGGGAGUUAUAACAUUCUCCACUACUGCAACAGUCAACUUUGAUCUAAAUGACCAUUUAACAAAAUCAAGUGUAGUUUCAGCUAUUAAUAGAGUCAGAUACGUUCAAGGAUCCACUCACACUGAUCUUGGAUUAAAUUUGGCAUGGACUAGAGUAUUCAAUCAACCUGGUGAUCGACCUGAUGCUCAGAAUAUAUUAUUUGUUCUCACUGAUGGGCAGUCCAGCAGCCCUGCCGCCACUAAGGCGCAGGCAGAAAUGGUUCGUAAUCACAAUAUUAAAACCUUCGCAAUAGGGAUCGGGUCUGGGAUACGGAGACCAGAACUCAACAAUAUUUCCAUGACGAGCGACUAUGUGAUUCAGGUGUCAGACUUUGCAAAUCUUCAGUCAAUCGCCACGAAGCUGAAAAAUGAUCUGUGCUCGGACACUCCUGUAACAACCGCCUCUCCGCCUUUGAACUGCAAAGGUGAAAUCUGCCAAGGGUACAAUAACACUUGUAUUCUCCAUGACUUUGCGAGAAAUGGUUCACUUACAACAGGUUGUCAACAUGAAUGUCAUUACAUUAUGAGUGUACAGUAUUCACCUUGUGGAUCAUGGCCAAGACAGUCAUGUUGUUGUCGAACACAGCAGUGCAUCGACUCUUUGCGAGUUACAACACCCCUUACAACAGCCACAACAACAAUGCCUACAACAACUCAGGCGCCAUGUCGAGAUCAUGGUCCCAUUGGUUACUGUGCUAAUGAAAAGAAUACAAUCUGCAACCCCACGGACGAGAGGGGGUGGGAGUAUGCCCAGCAUAUGUGCCCCGUGACCUGUAACCUCUGUAAAGAGCACUUACGACAAGACUGCGAAGACAACGACAAGAAUGGGAUCUGUGAGCUGAAUAGAGGCACCAUCUGUAACGCUGCCGAUCCCGAGGGAAAAGAAUUUGCUAUAAAUGCCUGCGCAAAAACGUGCAACAUGUGCACUGAAUAUUAUGCUAUUUACAACGAGAAACACGAGUUUACUACAAAGACAACCCCAGCAACAACUACACCGACGACAACAACUACUACACCAACAACUACCACCACAUCGACGACAACAACAACAACGCCAAAACCAACAACACCAAAACCAACUACAACAACAAAACCAACGACAACAACUCCCACAACCAUGACAACAACACCAACAACUACGACAACAACAACACCAAAACCAACGACAACACCGAAACCAACGACAACGACUACAACAACCACGACAACAACAACUACGACACAGAAACCGACAACUGCUUCAACAGCUACACCCACAACUACUUCACCUCCACCACCAACAUCAACAGCUUCACCUUCAACAACGACAACUCCCACUCCGACGACAACUAGCCCUACAACUACAUCCACCACGCCAGUUCCAACAACGACAGAAAUGGAACCGUCAACAACAGAGGAGAAUUCGGGGGUUAUAAUCAUUGGUUAAAAAAUU